AUGUCUUCGGUCAGUUCGCUUAUUGAGGAAACGCCAACAGUGUUGGCCGGUGCAUCGUCCAGCAUGCAUGCGUUGGGUGAAAUUGGUGCGAGUAGCAACUUAGAAAUGGCCAAGAAUGCUUUAGGUGUAAUAGGAGCCAUCGGAGACGCAGUUCAACCUUUCUUACCUUUGAUCUCGACCGUAACCGUUGUAAUUUCUGAAACCAUUCGGAUUUAUGAGAAUGCAAAACACAACAAAAAUAUAUGUUCCUCUCUAAUGGAUCGUAUUACAGCUGCAGAGGCAGCCAUUAAAACUUUGGAGAGAAGGAAAAGAAAUAAUGAAAAAUAUUUUCGUGAUCAAGGUUACUACUUAUCGUUCUUACGUUUUGUUGAAAUAAUGAAGAAGAUGAAACAAUUCAUUGGCGAUGUGUCUACUAUCUCCGGGUUUAAAAAGUAUGCGAAUGCUAGUUCCAUUAAAGAUAAAUUCACAUCACUUACCGAUGAAUUCGAGACUAUCAUGAAAGAAUUACAUUUCGCCACAACCCUCUUUAAUGAAGAACAGCGAGAAAUUGACGCAGAAGCAUUGAAGUCAGACCUCAAAGAAAUGACAACGUUUUUAGAAAAAAUUGAAGGUGGUAUUAUUGAUUCCAAUAAUAACAUUAACACAGUUCUCAAAGAGGUGCAAAUUAUCAAAAGCCAACUGGAACGAAACUCCAGCGUCGGUGAAGUAAAGACGACUUAUAUAGACCCAAAGGAUUUAACCGACCCUCAAGUUGGAAGAGAGACUGAUACACGGGGUGACGAAAAAUCGCCGAUCGUCAAGAAAUUGUUAAAUCGAUCCACCGAAGUCGCCUGUAAUCCUAAGCCCAAAAAAUUGAAAGACGAUGGCUCGGUCGAAAGUCAAAAGAUCAAAACCCAACUUCUUAUAUUAGGAAAAUUAAAGGAUUCACCCAAUAUCCUCAAAUUCUAUGGUCUUUCGGAAGUUUCCGGCCGCGAAGUCAUGGUUUUCGAAUGGGCAGAACAUGGUUCGCUUAAAGAAGUGUACGAGCGUCAUGAUAUUUCGUGGCGUUCAAAAGUUCAAGUAGCUCUCGAUAUUUGUCGUGGCCUUGUAUUUUUGCAUACAUGCGAAAUUCUUCACCACGACAUUCGAUGUGCGAAUAUCCUGAUGACAGCGAGACUCGAACCAAAAAUAUCGAAUUUCUCGUAUGCUCGUCAUGAUUCCGAAGAAACAACCAAGUUAAAAAAUUUUAUUGAUGCCGUAC